UUACAAAUUGCAAACUCAUUCGCUGCUCUCCCCUUCUUUUCCCCCCAAACCAAACUCCACAGACACACACACUGCUCUACCUCCUAAAAAUGUUGCGACAGGGUUCGAGAUUCCCCCUCAGCGGAGCUUCCGCAGCCUCCAUGAGCCGCCAGCAAUCUCCCGGUGGAGAUGGCCGGCGACUUCAAGUUGAAUGAUGCUUGGAAGAAAUUCAUCCCGAAUAUGGACCCACCGGAAAUCCCCUCCGCCUACAUGCCUUCCUGUCCACCAACCCAAUCCACCAUUCUAUCGAAGCUUACCGUCAAUCUAGUUCUUCCUUAUCAUUCUGUCUUAUCCGCCAAAGAGGUUUUGAUGGGUUGUCUCAAAAACCAUAUCCACAGCACCAAAUUCUUGGCGAAUUUUGGUAUUCGAGUCGCUAUAUUGAAGCUCUCAUACUCCACUUCACUCUUCCCUUCAAGUCUCAAACAUGUAUUCUCCGAACAGCCCACAACCGCCUCUGCAAGCUCCACUACAACUGGAGAGGACACCCCAGUUCGAAGGGCAAAGUCGACCAGGAAAGCGCGAACCAUGGCCAAACUCAUCAACACCAAGCCCUGGUCAGCCAGAGUUGAAUCGUGCCUCUCCAACCUCAGUCCGUUCUCUGAAACAACAUUCUUUCAAACCCUUCGCCUCAUCAAAGCACCUUCUGAAGCUCUUCGCUUCUUCAACUGGGCCCAAGAUUCGGGUUUUAACCACAGCCACCGCUCAUACUUCAUGAUGCUUGAAAUUCUGGGCCGAGCCCGAAACCUUAACAUGGCUCGAAAUUUCCUCUUCUCCAUACCCAGAAAAUCCAACUAUAUGGUUCCGCUGACUGACAAGUUUUUCAACAGUUUAAUUCGAAGCUAUGGUGAUGCGGGCCUUUUUCAAGAAUCCAUGAAGGUGUUCAAGGUUAUGAAAUCAAUGGUUAUUUCACCUUCCACUGUUACAUUUAAUAGUUUGUUCUUGAUUUUGCUUAAAAGGGGUAGGGUGGCUAUGGUUUUUGAGUUGUAUGAUGAAAUGCUAAGAACGUAUGGAGUGAAGCCGGAUUUAUAUACAUUUAACAUUUUGAUAAGAGGGUUUUGCAUGAACUCAAAGGUUGAUGAAGCAUUUAGAAUGUUUAAGGAAAUGGAGAGAUUUGAAUGCGAACCGGAUUUGAUAACAUACAAUACAAUUGUUGAUGGGCUGUGUAGAGCAGGAAAGGUGAAUGUUGCACGUAAUGUGGUAAAUGGUAUGAGCAAGAAAUGUGAGAAGUUGAGGCCCAAUGUUGUUAGUUAUACCACUUUGAUUAGAGGGUUUUGUGGGAGGCAAGAGAUUGAUGAGGCAAUGGAUGUCUUUAGGCAGAUGGUAAGUAGCGGGAUUAAGCCAAAUGAAAUUACAUGUAAUACAAUCAUACAAGGGCUUUGUGCAUCUCAAAAGUUUGACAUGAUAAAAGAGAUUUUAGAGGAAUGUCAGGUAGAUGGUAGGGGAUUUGUUCCGGAUACUUGUACGUUUAACACGGUGAUGAAUGCUCACUGCAACGAGGAGAACUUGGAUGAGGCAUUAAAAGUUUUUGAGAAGAUGAAGGAGAUGAAUGUCAAACAGGAUUCGGCUACAUACAGCAUGCUGAUUCGCGCUUUGUGCAAAAAGAAGAAAUUUGACAAGGCAGAAGAGUUGCUAGAUGAGUUAUUUGAGCAGGAAAUUUUGUUGCGUAAUGAUAACACCACACCUCUUGCUGCAGCAUACAAUCCUAUCUUUGAGUAUUUAUGCACUAACGGAAAAACUAAGAAAGCUGAGAGAGUGUUCAGGCAGCUGAUGAAAAGGGGGAUACAAGAUCCUCAUGCUUUUGAGACUAUGAUAUUGGGGCAUUGUACAGAAGGGACUUUUGUGGCUGGGUAUAAGCUCUUAGUCUUGAUGCUGAGGAGGGCUUUUGUGCUUGAUGUCGAGGUUUAUGAGUCUCUAAUAGAAGGUUUGUUACAGAGCAGGGAACCAAACCUUGCCCAUGACACUUUGGUAAAGAUGAUGAAAAGUUCCCACCUGCCAAGGACAUCCACAUUUCAUCGUGUUCUUAUGGAACUUAUUGAAAUUGGUUCUGCUAAUGAAUCUGCAGACUUGAUGAUGCUAAUGUUGGAUAAAAAGAUUAGACCAUAUAUGAAUCUCUCAACUGAUGCUGUCCGGCUGCUGUUCAGGGGUAGUAUGCAGAAUAGGGCAUUUCAGCUUGUUAGAAGUCUUUACGAAAAUGGGUAUAUUCUGAACAUGGAAGACUUGAUUUUCUUCCUUUGCCAGGAUAGGAAAUUAUCAGAGGCAUGUCAGUUGCUGUUAUAUAGUCUAAAAAAUGAUCAGAAUGUUGAUACAUCACUUUGCACCACAGUUUUAACCAGCCUUUGUAAAGCUCAUAAGAUAUCAGAAGCAUUUCACCUUUACUAUGAAUUGUUAGAGAUGGGCAUUCGUCAACCUUUGAGCUGCCUCGAAGGGUUACAAAAUGCUCUCGAAACUGAAGGAAAGUUGAAGGAAGCUGAGUUUGUUGCUAAGAGGAUGUUCGAUCCAUAGCACUUGGAUAUACCAUGGUCACAGUCCAGAUGCUAGAAAAAGUUCUCCUUUUUUCACAAAGUGCGAACCAUCAUGCUAUAUGCAGCUGUAUGUAUCAGGUGAGAUGCCUAAACGGUCAUCAGAAAUGGGUCGGUGAGACACUUGUUUCAUAACAGGCUGGAGAACAGCUUCUAUAAAUUGGUUCCAAAAGAUUCAACUCAAGCAGACAUGAAAGACAGAUAAGAGAAACCUUGUCUGUCCGUGAUAGCCCCUUAACCUGUAAGACCAGCACUCAGAGCACUGUGUGCAUCUACGCCAAUUUGAGCCUCUGUUUUCUCCAUAUCAUUCAAUGCUGAGUUUAAGCUCUUAGUCGUGAUGCUGAGGAGGGAUUUUGUGCCUGAUGUCAAGGUUUAUGAGUCUCUAGUAGAAGGUCUGUUACAGAUCGGCUGUUGUUCAGGGGUAGUAUGCAGAAUAGGGCAUUUGAGCAUGUUAAAAGCCUUCAUGAAACGGGUUAUAUUGUGAACAUGGAAGACUUUGCAGCACUAUAACUGCAGUUUCAACCAGCCUCUGCAGAGCUCAUCAGAUAUCAGAAGCAUUUCGCUUUUACUAACAAUUGUUAGAUAAGGACAUUCAACAACCUUUGAGCUGCCUCAAAGGCUUAAAGAGAUGAUCUUGAAGGGAGCUUAGUUUGUUGUUAGAGUAUGUUCAAUAGCACUUUGGGCAUACCCUGUUCACAUUCCAGAUCUUUAAAAAAAAUUCUCUUGCUAAUGCUCUUAUUCAUCCAUUCUUUCAUUUCUUGUUGGUGUUAUUCUGAUUCUUACUUGUUGAUUAUCCUAGUGAUGUUAGAGUUACAAACUUACAAUUUCA